AUGGAAUAUGAAUAUUCUAUCAGUGUUAAAUCCUUGCCUAUCCUUCAAUGCGCCUUUUUAUUCUUUGUUUCUCUUUUUAUCUGUUCGUUCUCUUGUUUCUGUCUCUCUUCGUUCUUUCUUUUGUCUCUUUCUCUCUCGCUCUUUCCGAUCUUUUGUUUUUCUUUCUCUGUUCGUCCUUUGUUUCUCUCUCUCUCUCUCUCUGUUCGGUCUUUUGCUUCUCUCUCUCUCUCUCUCUCUCUGUUCGGUCUUUUGCUUCUCUAUCCUCUCUCUCUCUCUCUGUUCGGUAUUUUGCUUCUCUAUCUCUCUCUCUCUCUCUCUUUCCCGGUCUUUGCUUCUCUAUCUCUCUCUCUCUCUCUCUGUUCGGUAUUUUGCUUCUCUAUCCUCUCUCUCUCUCUCUGUUCGGUCUUUUCUUCUCUAUCCUCUCUCUCUCUCUCUGUUCGGUCUUUUGCUUCUCUAUCAAUCUCUCUCUCUCUCUCUGUUCGGUCUUUUGUCUUUUUCUCACUCUCUCUCUCUCUCUGUUCGGUCUUUUGCUUCUCUAUCACUCUCUCUCUCUCUCUGUUCGGUCUUUGCUUCUCUAUCCUCUCUCUCUCUCUCUCUGUUCGGUCUUUUGCUUCUAAUCUCUCUCUCUCUCUCUGUUCGGUCUUUUGCUUCUCUAUCUAUCUCUCUCUCUCUCUCUCUGUUCGGUCUUUUGAUUCUCUAUCCUCUCUCUCUCUCUCUCUGUGCGGUCUUUGCUUCUCUAUCACUCUCUCUCUCUCUCUCUGUUCGGUCUUUUGCUUCUCUAUCACUCUCUCUCUCUCUCUCUGUUCGGUCUUUUGCUUCUCUAUCUCUCUCUCUCUCUCUCUGUCUGUCUUUUGCUUCUCUCUCUCUCUCUCUCUCUGUUGGUCUUUUGCUUCUCUCUCUCUCUCUCUCUCUCUCUCUGUUCGGUCUUUUGCUUCUCUAUCCUCCCUCUCUCUCUCUCUCUGUUCGGCUUCUUUCUCUUCUGUUCUCUUUUUGUUCUCUCUCUCUCUCUCUCUGUUCGGUCUUUUGAUUCUCUCACUCUCUCUCUCUCUCUCUGUUCAGUCUUUUGCUUCUCCUCUCUCUCUCUCUCUCUGUUCGGUCUUUUGCUUCUCUCAUCUCUCUCUCUCUCUCUCUGUUCGGUCUUUUGCUUCUCUAUCUCUCUCUCUCUCUCUCUGUUCGGUCUUUUGCUUCUCUAUCACUCUCUCUCUCUCUCUCUGUUCGGUCUUUUGCUUCUCUAUCUCUCUCUCUCUCUCUCUGUUCGGUCUUUUGCUUCUCUAUCACUCUCUCUCUCUCUCUCUCUGUUCGGUCUUUUGCUUCUCUAUCUCUCUCUCUCUCUCUCUGUUCGGUCUUUUGCUUCUCUAUCACUCUCUCUCUCUCUCUCUGUUCGGUCUUUUGCUUCUCUAUCACUCUCUCUCUCUCUCUCUGUUCGGUCUUUUGAUUCUCUAUCACUCUCUCUCUCUCUCUGUUCGGUCUUUUGAUUCUCUAUCACUCUCUCUCUCUCUCUAUUCGGUCUUUUGCUUCUCUAUCCUCUCUCUCUCUCUCUGUUCGGUCUUCUCUCUCUCUAUCUCUCUCUCUCUCUCUCUGUUCGGUCUUUUGCUUUCUAUUCUCUCUCUCUCUGUUCUCUCUCUCUCUCUCUGUUCGGUCUUUUGA